AUGGUAUCUGAGACUGGGCAAUGCCUUAUUGAAAGUUCCCACUGCGGAAUAACCACUCAGCUGAUCCUGCAGAUAUUUUUCACAUUUGGUUCACAUCCUCCCUUCUCAGUGGUUGCCUACAACCCUGGAGAAGACCAGAAGCCCUACCUGGACAAGUAUCUGAGGAGGUAUGCUGCCUUGGGGGAUCUGUGCUGCCAAGAGGAGGAGUUACAGGAGGAAGUGAGCAGGCUGUGCAGCAUCAGGGAAGAGGAAAGGGAGAUAGACGGGAUCUUCUCUGAGACUCAACAGCUUGAAGAGCCACCACCCCCAGAGAAGCUGGCAGUGUCCACCCCUAAUAUGAAGGUGCUCACUCUCAUCACGACCCGGCAAGGCCCUGCAAGCUGGCUCGCCCCAGAAGGAGCCAUUGCCGUGUCCUGGGUGCUCGUGCGUCUUGUUGAGGAUGGAGGCACGCAGCAGCCCCUUGGCACGUGGAAAGAAGUCAUCACCUUGAAAAAGAAGAGGCUCUUCACGAUCCUGAUCUUGAUGACCCUAGGGGCUCUUGGUCAGUAUUCGCCUCCUACCAGCGGAGGCACAGAGGCACGGAGUGCGAGCUUCAGUGUGCUGCUGGGGCAGCCUGCAGCCAACCUGAGGUCCCUGCGGAACACGCUCGCUCUGUGGGGGGAACAAUCGCAACAGAUGCAACAGCUGAGGGAUGAGGUGGCACGCCUGGCUGCAGAGAUCGGCACUAUGAAGAAGGAAGUUCAGCAAAUGAGAGAGGCAGUGUCUGCAACCACACAGAUGUCUGAUUGGGCUCUGAAAAGUGCAGGGGCUGCCAUCGACCUGCACAGAUCAUCCAGCAGCUCUGCAUGGCUCUGCAGGGUGUUUUGGUUCCUGUGUGCUCCACACGUUCUGGAUACCUUUGUGCAGACGGAUGCUUCCCCGGGAUAUUGCUGGCCUUUCCAAGGGUCUGGGAGUGAGGUGCUAAUCCGGUUGCCUGCACAAGUACGACCAACGGCCGUCACCGUACAGCACGCCUCCAAGAUAGCCUCUCCGCUGGAGACUGUCAGUAGCGCUCCCCGAGAUUUCACGGUCUCUGGACUGGAUGAGGAAGGCGAGGAUGAAACUCUGCUGGGGACAUUCACCUACGCCGUGCACAAAGAGCCCACCCAGACCUUCCCUCUGCAGAAUGGGAACCCCAGAGCCUUUCGGUUUUUGAAACUUGGCAUACAGAGCAACUGGGGAAAACCAGGAUACACCUGCAUUUAUCGCGUGCAGGUGCAUGGGAAGAUCGUGGGAUCGAGUGCCAUCGGCCAGACACGUGUGGAGACCCUCCCUCACUAA